UAGUGUUCAAUAAAAAUUUAGUGAUGCGACCCGAUUCAAUUGAAUUGGUAUCAAUUGCUGUUGAUAUUCAUGGUGAAAAACAUUUGAAAAAAAUUCAUAUUAGACAUGAAAUUCAAAAAAUUAUUGACGACUUAAUCAAAGAAUAUGAUUUAGAUGGAACUGCUAUUGAAUAUGGAUUGCGGUUAACACAUGCACGCAAUAAAAAAAUUGCAACACGAUAUGUUACUGAUACGAAUAAGAGUACAUUAAUUCAAGAUGGUUGCGAAUUAAAGCUUGUUGAAGCUCCCAAACUUCACUUAGAGUUUAUAUUUAAAAAGAUUUUUUCAAAGGACCAAAGAGAAAGUGGAUAUGAUCUUUUAAAUCACCAAUUACAUGAUGAUUACUUAUUACAAAUAAUUCAUGAAGUAGGUUGGGAUACAGAUAUUUGCAAUAAAAUCGAUUUUUGUUAA